AACUCUGUUUCGAAAUCGAUAUUUUUUCAUAUAUUUUUAUAUUUUAUGCAAAAACUUGAGUUUGAUGAGGUUUUACCUCUUGAAAAAAGAUUAUUACUUAAUUAUUCUGAAAAAAAAACAUCCUCUCAAUCAACUAAAUUGCCUGUUAAACCUAUAAUUAAACGUCCUGAACCAACUCCUCUUUUUAAGCGACUAGAAUUUUUUAUACCACAAAUGCAUAAAUCAAAUCAAGAAUUAGCAGAAAAAAAAUUAAAGGAUCAACUCAUAAUAGAAGAAUAG